UGAAGAUACAUCCACACAGAUUUCAUCACAGAAAGUGGAUUAAUUUGGGAAUUAUUUUGUGUGUGUGUGUGUGUGUUUAAGAGAGAAGAUAGAGAGGGGUUAAUUCAUCUAAAAACCUUUGUGUAUGGAAGAGGUUCUGUGGUUUCUUGAUUUGGGAUUCCUCCAAUAGAGGGAAAAGGGUUGAAGAGGAAGCAAUUAAUUGAUCCACAAAUCACAGUAUGCAUUUUUGUUUGUGAAAAUGGAUGUUGUAAUGUGCGUUUUUUUUGCUACAAGCCAACAUAUGACUUCUCUAUUAAUUUCUUGAUUUGGGGCUUUUCCAAACGGGAAGAAACGGUACUGUACGUUUUCGUAUAUCUCUUGUGUGUAUGGCUGCAAGUCAAACUAAGUGAAGCAGUGUGUGUUUAAUGGUGUUUGUGUUUCUUGUUGUUUCAAUUUACACUCUGAUUGAUCAAACAAUCACAGUGUGUCUUUCUGUGAGAAAUCUUGGGUUUUUGUUAGUUCAUUGAUCCGGGUUUCCUUCAAAAUUGAAUCUUGAGAUUUAAAGAUCAAGAUUGAUUUGGGUUUCCUUCAGAACUGAAUCUUGAGAUUUAAAGAAUCAAUUCCUUGAUCCACAAAUCACAGUGUGUAAAUUUGUUUAGAAGUGUGUGAACAUGGAGAAAAGCAAAAAAUCCCCAUCAGCUGAGGAGCUGUUAAGAAAGAUCCUGGAGCUCGAAAAACGUCAUGCUCACCUCAAACAAGAAAUGUCGAAACUCAUGUUCUCCGGUAACCGGCCAAAACCUGACCACCGAAGGUCUAAUUCAGAUUCUUUGUGGCCGGUUGUCGGAGGAACUCAUGAUGGAGUUUCUGAGCCUUUAGCAAUGAAGCUAACUGCAACUCAGUAUUGGAAUGUAGUGCAGUCAAUGGGUCAGGCUAUACAUGUAUUCGAUCUCAACUGUCGGAUAUUCUUUUGGAGCCGAACUGCAGAAAAUCUUUAUGGUUUUACGCCUGAUGAAGCUUAUGGGAAGACUCCAAUGGAGCUUCUAGUGGAACCUAAAGAUAGUAUAUUAGGUGGUUAUAUCCUAAAACGAACGUUCAAUGGAGAGAGUUGGUCUGGACAGUUUCCUAUAAGGAAUAAAAGAGGAGAAAGAUUUAUGGUCAUCGCUACCAAUACGCCAUUUCGUGAUGAAAAUAGAAGAAUAAUUGGGGGUAUAUGUGUAUCAAGUGAUGCACGUCCAUAUCAAGUAACGGAGCCAGGGCUGAGUGUUAUUGCUUCCAGUAGAGUUGGACCUGAUUCUCAACAACCUCUACAGCCUUCAGUUGCCUCAAAGAUAUCGAAUUUGGCUUCAAAGGUGAAGUUGAAAAUGAAGAAAGGAGAGAAGUACACAGAUCAUGAAGAUUUGAGUUAUGUUGGUGCCUCCGAUUAUACAGAUAAUUCACUUGAAAGUGAGGCAAGCACCCCGAGAGGCCAUAUUGCUCCAUCUCCAUUUGGAGUAUUUUGUUCUGCAGGCACAGAGGAGCAUCUUAGUGGAAAACUUACAAUAGAUUCUGGCGACGAGAGUGAAAACAAACCCAGGAUCAAAAUCUUGUCCUCAAAAGCACAGGCAUGGAUGGGUAAAAAGGGACUUGUGUGGCCAUGGAAAGAAAGAGAAGUAGAGUCUUUUGAUGCUAGAAUUGGUCUGUUUGGUUGGCAUCGGUUAGAUGUGGAUGAAGAACACGAGCCUGGUCCACAAAUGAGUUGUAGUGCAAAAUUAGAGUGUCAAAUGUGGGAAAGUAGCAACUUGGGGCAUAAUAAUAAGCAAGAGGCUUCAGGGUUGUGGCUUUCUUCGAUACAUUUUAGUAGCUUGAGUAGCUCAAGUAGUGGCAGGAGCAUCAAAAGUAAUGCCAUUAAGAAAAUGGCAAGGGAGAGCGAUUAUGAAAUCUUGUGGGAGGACUUGAUAACUAGAGAAAAGAUUGGGCAAGGUUCGUGUGGGACUGUAUAUCAUGGGUUGUGGUAUGGAUCAGAUGUUGCAGUGAAGUUAUUUGUGCAUCAAGAAUAUUCAGUUGAUGUGAUACUAUCAUUUAAACAAGAGGUAUAUCUGAUGAAAAGGCUUCGACACCCAAAUAUUUUGCUGUUCAUGGGGGCUGUAAUUUCACCUCCGCAUCUAUGCAUUGUUACAGAAUUCCUUCCCCGUGGAAGUUUGUUUCGGAUACUUCAGAGAAACACAACACGAUUAGAUUGGAGACGUCGUCUUCAUAUGGCCAUGGAUAUCGCACGAGGCAUGAAUUAUCUUCAUCAAUGCAACCCGCCCAUUGUUCACCGUGAUUUGAAGUCUUCAAAUCUUCUUGUGGAUAAGAAUUGGAACGUAAAGGUUGGUGACUUUGGUCUGUCCCGUGUGAAGCAUGAAACGUACCCCAAAACAAAGACUGGGAAAGGAACGCCUCAAUGGAUGGCUCCAGAAAUUCUUCGUAAUGAGCAAGCAAAUGAAAAGUCGGAUGUAUACAGCUAUGGCGUGGUAUUGUGGGAACUUACCACCCAAAAGAUCCCUUGGGAUAAUCUUAAUGCAAUGCAGGUAAUUGGAGCUGUUGGGUUCAUGAAUCAACGACUAGAGAUUCCAAAAGAUGUGGAUCCCAUGUGGGCUUCUCUUAUCCAAAGUUGUUGGUGCAGUGAAGCAGAAUCCCGACCAACCUUCCAAGAAAUAUUAUAUAAGCUUAAAGAUUUGCAGAAGAGAUUUGCAGCUGAACGAAGGAAAUAAGAGGUAGCAUUUCUCAUGGUUUCUUUCUCUGAAAGAUGUCAUUUUUUUCGGAGGAAUAGUGCUGUGUUUUGGUCAUGUAAAUCAAAGAAAUUAAGGUAUGUGACCAAAUGAUACAAAGACGCCUGUCUCGAGCUGGUUGUUUCUAUCGUAUGUUAAAGAUAUGACUCGACCAAUUUCUUGUUCAUCGAUUCUUUUUUGAGGGCUAACGAAAACCACAGAAAAUGCAGACCAACAAUGGUGGAGGGAGGAGUUUAAGAAGGAACUGAUCAUGAAAGAAUCAGGAAAACAGAACAUAAACUCAUUCAUCAUUUUUUGCGACAAAAAGACAAAACCAUGGAUUCAGGAG